AUGCGCAGGACAAACACCAAACACCCGGGUCCACACCGCCAUGCCGACAAGACGUCCCGUUCCGUCGGCGAGGCCGCGGACCGCCUCAGCGCCCUCCCGGACGCGCUGCUGCACCACAUCAUGUCCUUCCUCAAGGCGUGGGAGGUGGUGCCGACCGGCCUCCUCGCGCGGCGGUGGCGCCACCUCUGGGCGUCCGCUCCCUGCGUCGACAUCCGCGCGUGCUCCUCCGGACGCGACGACGCGCCCAGCGAGCUCCGCGACUUCGUGAACUGCCUCCUCCUCUUCCGCGACGUGUCGGCGCCCGUGGUCACCCUCCGCCUGCGCUCGAGCGACGAGUACGACGAGGAAGCCUUCGACGACGAUGACGCCGACACGUGGAUCAUGGCCGCUCUAAAGCGCAGGGCGCAGGUUAUCCAUGUCGUUGGACAUCGCAAGUUUCCCGCGCCGUUGGACGGUCUCUCCUUCGUCUCUUGCUACCUCAGGGUCCUGAAGCUGUCGUACGCCAGGCUCGAUUGCACGAUCCUCCGGCAGCUUUCUUCUGGCUGCACGUCUUUGGAAGAGCUGGAUCUCAAGGACUGCAUGGUCGCGGGCACUCGGAUCGAGUCUGCCUCUUUGAAGACUCUGAUCAUGCUCAAGUGCACGGUCAAUCUGGACUUCUCCGUUGCUGCUCCGAACCUCGUGCUUCUGCGCCUCAUCACACCUUAUGUCCGAGUUCCGUCAUUUCAGAACCUGGGUUCGCUGCUCACUGGCACCAUCAUACUUGACGACUGCUUCUUGAGUCCUGAUUUUGAACACGGCAGCGAUGAUGAUGAUGACGAUGAGUUUGGUGAAACCACUGAUGAUGAUAAUGAUAAGGUCGACAACUACAAGAUUGGAUACGGACGUGGGUUGCCUCCAAAAGGAUAUGAGCUUCAUGGUUACAAGGAUAAGUAUGGUUAUGGCAGUGAUAUCGACAGCGAUGAGAAUACCUACAAAAAAUAUAGUGAUAUUGCAAGCGGCUACCUUGGCGAUGGCCAGAAUUUCAGCAAAGAGGGCAACUAUCAUGACUAUGGAGGGAAUGAUGGAUGCAAUUAUAGUACGGUUUUAGGUGGCUGUAAUAUUCUUGACAGCCUUUCGAGUGCUACCAGUUUGGAGUUAUUGGCUGAUGCUGGAGAGGUGGUUCUGAGUAGGGAACUGAAAAGGUGUCCAACCUUUAUCAACCUGAAGACCUUGUCCCUCGGUGAAUGGUGUAUGGCUACUGAUUUUGAUGCAUUAAUUUUCUUGCUGCAGCAUUCACCUAAUAUAGAGAGACUUUUUCUCCACCUGAAAUUGGACUUCAAUACCAGAGAGCCAUCAAAAACCGGCAUUGAACUGGAGGAGAGAUCAUUUACGUGCAAUCAUGUUAGAAUUGUGAAGAUAAAAUGCUCGAAGGAUGAUGUCAGAGUCCAUAUGUUGGCACAUAUGUUCAUGGCAAAUGGUAUAUCCCUUGAGAAGAUAUAUGUCUGCCGCAGUGGGAGUGCUUAUCUUCGUGACCAGCAGUCCAUGAAAGAUCUUGCCAAGCACGAACUGGACUUCUGGGGGGAGUAACUGUCAAGCAUCUGAUAGGCAAGAAAUUAACCAUGAUUUUUGUGUGAUGCUGAGGUGUGCUUUCAAAGCCGUGACAUAUAUGUUGGUAUUCUUGGUGGAGAAGUUAGAAUGUAAGAUUAAGUGUGGAAUUACGUAUGGCGAUCCAAUUGUCAGAAUGCUCUUAUGUAGCGCGAGUUGAGACUUAGUAGUAGUUUGCCUUUUAUGUAGUCUGCAGCGGAUCCUUCUCGUUGAUGUUUUCUGUGGGAAAAUUAUUUGCUUGUGUGGAGACAUUGUUGCCUUUUUG